CGCGCCCAACGUCGCACAGCAAAACUCGCCUCCAACCAACCUCUCCUACCCGAAGACCUCGACGAACCAGAAGACAGCGUCCCCUUCGCCCUUCUCAAAGUCUUUCUCGUCCUCCUCCUAUUCGUUGCGCUGGCAGGAAGGUUUGUCACGGGCUCCGUUUGGUGGGGGUAUGAUGGGAAAUGGGUCCAUUGGAGGACUUACUGGCCUGAGAGGAUGAGUGUGUUCUCGGAGAUGGAACUGGCGAAGUAUGAUGGGUCUGAUCCUGAGCUGCCUAUCUAUCUCGGUCUCGACGGACUAGUAUUCGACGUCUCCGCCUCCCGACGGAUCUACGGCCCGGGCGGUUCCUACUCCCACUUCGCAGGCACCGACGCCGCCCGAGCCUUCAGCACCGGCUGUUUCGCCCUGCACAGAACACACGACCUCCGCGGCCUCACUGCCCAAGAACUGGCGGCGGUCGAGCAUUGGAAGCAGUUCUUUUUGAAGAGUGAGAAGUAUUUUCAGGUGGGGACUGUCCUGCAUGAGCCGAUACCGGAGGGGACGCCCCUGUUGGGAGGGUGUGAUGAGCAUGGGAAUGCACUGCCGGAGGAGGUUGUGGAGAGACGGAAGAGGGGGGAGGAGCUCUAG